CAUUCUACCCUAUUCUUUUGUCUUAAUACAAUAAUUAUUAUUAUUAUUAUUAUUAUUAUGAACAAACAAGAAGCGAUUUAUUCUUCCUUUGUCCCCUAGACUAAAUCCAUCGACGACAAGAUGUUAAGAUUUAAUCCGAUGAAUACUGACAACGAUACUUGUUCUUCUCCUCCUCGUGCACUAUGGUCUGUUGAUGGAAAUCGUAUUAUUGUGGAUGAACUCGACUUCUUCUCAGAUAGAAAUGAUGAUAAAUCAUCUUCUCCUGAACAAUUUGAUGAUGUUUCCAUCAAGAACCAGCUUCUUUCUGAUCCUAUUUCUCCUAAUGUCAAUACUGGUUUGCAACUCCUUAUUACUAACACCGGAAGUGAUGAAUCAACGGUGGAUGAUGGAUCUUCAAUAAUUGCUCAAGAAAAGCGUCUGAAGAAUGAGGUGGAGUCAUUGCAAGAGAAGCUUCGACGUAGGAAUGAAGAGAACGAAAAUCUGAAGGAAAUGCUGAACGACGUGACCACUAACUACACAACCUUGCAAACGCGUUAUGCGUCCUUAAUGCAACAACUACAGAACCAACCUACGGAAAGCUCACAAUAUGAGGUUGUGGAAGGAAAAGCUGAGGAGAAUGAUUGUUUUUCGGAUGAAAAAACUCGAUCAAGCACAGGUCAAAACAAUAAUAAAGAUGAAAAAGAGGGUGAUCGUGAGUCAUCAGAACAGCAACAAAUGUGGGAGUCAAAUAAGGUUAAUAAAUUAAGUACUUCAAAUGCUACGGAUCAAUCAGGUGUAGAAGCGACGAUGAGAAAAGCACGUGUGUCAGUACGUGCGAGAUCAGAAGCCAACAUGAUUAGUGAUGGAUGUCAAUGGCGCAAAUAUGGUCAAAAAAUGGCAAAGGGAAACCCUUGUCCACGGGCAUAUUACAGAUGCACAAUGAAUCCUGGUUGUCCAGUUAGAAAACAGGUGCAGCGUUGUGCUGAGGACAGAACAAUACUGAUAACAACAUAUGAAGGAGCACAUAACCAUGCACUUCCACCACCAGCUUUAGCUAUGGCAUCCACCACCUCAGCAGCUGCAACCAUGUUACUAUCUGGUUCAAUGCCAAGUGCUGAUGGUGUCAUCAAUCAUAAUUUAAUAACCAGAGCUAUGUUUCCAAAAUGUUCACCUUCUGGAAUGGCUACACUCUCAGCAUCAGCACCAUUUCCUACUGUCACACUAGACCUUACACAAAACAACACAGAUAAUAAUAAUAAUAAUAAUAAUUGUCAUUCCCCAUUUUUUCCACCUCAAAAUUGUGGUUCAGGAGGAGGACAAUUACCACAGGUCAUUGCACAAGCACUUUAUAACCAAUCAAAAUUCUCUGGUCUUCAAUUGUCUCAGGAUUCCCAAUUGCAACAACCAUCACUCAGCCCUGCAGCCGCCGCAGCCAUCACUGCAGAUCCAAACUUUGCGGCAGCACUUGCAGCCGCUAUCACUUCCAUAAUUGGUGCUUCUACUUCCAACAACAACAAUCCUAAUAUCAUCAAUAGUGCUACAUACAAUAAUUAAGUUGCAUUUUUCACAAAAUAACAAGCGUGGGAGAGUAAAAUCAAUGUUUGGAUGUUCAUAUAUAUUGCUUUUCUUCACUAGGUUUUUCGUUGUUUCAUAUUUCAUCAUUCGGGUUAUGUACCCUCAAAACACAAUAAUUACCGUUCUAUUUUUUCUCAGUAAAACAAACAGGAAAAGACGACAUGUCUUUGUAAUUUCCGUUUUA